AUGGCACGCGCGAAUCCAACGAGCCUCGAAGACGAAGACAUCGAGCUUCUUGUGCAAUUAUGGCUGACUGAAGGCGAAAUAACCUGUCAAUAUUACUUCAUCGACCACGCAGCUCGAACUCUCUUUUGGCUGCACGAUACUAGCCACGAAACGACAGUGAACAUUUUUAGCGGGCUCCGGGGCGUCGAUGAUCCGAGCCACACUCUUAAUUUGUGUUGGACCUCUGUCUACGUUCUUUCUGCUCCCUGGCUCUUCUAUGGCAUAGCAUUCUUUUUGAUUGGCAUUCCCUCGUUAUCACCGAAACUUCGAGAAACUCAUACUAUCUUAUCGGACAUUGCCACUUGGUCAUAUGCUGUCGCUUCUGCUGCUGCUUUCAUAUUUUUCGGCUUGAACUUUGGAGAGGAAGCGGCUGCCACCACUGAAGUCUGGAUUCUGCGCGCUUGCAGUGUACAAGGUUCUCAACAGAUCUGGGUCGCUGCCCUGUGGUACUGGGGUAUCGCACUGAGUACCGCGACGCCUGGGUCUGUUACGCCUUGGUGGAUUGUCUUUAUCUUGUGGCCGCUCUCAAUAAUGUGGUUUGCGUUUGCAUACUUGAUACUGCACGGACUGCCAGAGUACUACCGACAAACUCCUCCGAAAAUCCCAAACUUCCUCAAAACUCUCUUCCGAAGGAAGCUAGUUCUUUGGUUCCUCGCGUCUGAAAUCUUACGUAAUUAUUGGCUCAGCGGUCCCUACGGUCGCAACUGGAGUUUCCUGUGGAAUGUUCCUACCCCCAAGUGGGCGAUAUUGCUUCUCACAAUCUUCUUUUUCGUCGGUGUCUGGGCUCUCAUGCUCUAUAUCCUCAUGUCUUUGAGCAAGACCCAUACUUGGUUGUUGCCCGUGUUCGCUGUCGGCCUUGGUGCUCCGAGAUGGUGUCAGACAUUAUGGGGCACCUCGUCUCUCGCGCUCUAUAUCCCGUGGGCUGGCUCAGGAGGACCAUACCUCGGUCUUUCUCUGUGGCUUUGGCUCGGUGUUUUGGAUGCUGUACAGGGUGUCGGCUUGGGAAUGAUUCUCCUGCAGACGUUGUCAAGAUUACACGUCUGUUCCACGCUCGCUCUCGCUCAGGUCAUUGGGUCUAUCUGUGUUAUGGCCGCCCGUGCAACUGCACCAAACCGCAUCGGUCCAGGGAGUGUAUUCCCUAAUGUCGGAACAUGGGACUUCUCGCAUGGUCUCAAGGGCAGCCCGAUGGCCUCCGCUCCAUUCUGGUGGCACUGA